AUGGCGCGGUUCCAGGCGGGCCAGCUGACGGACGACGUGCACGCCGACUGGCUGACGGUGCAGCUGCUAGCCAUCACGCUGGCCACGGGCGUGCUGGACGCGGUGUCGUACGGCGAGUACCAGGUGUUUGCGUCGAACCAGACGGGCAAUGUCAUUGUCCUCCUCUCGCUCGCCAUUGGCAUACGGACGCGGUACGCCGGCGGGCCCGCGCUCGUCACAACGGCCGUGAGCCUCUCGACCUUCCUCGCCUGCUCCUUCACCUCGGGCCGUAUCGGGAUGCGGAGCGGCGUGCUCGCCAUCGCCGCCGUCCUCAUGUACCGCGGCACGUGGUACGCCCUCGCGUCGUCCCGCGGCCAUGGGUGGGACGCGCUGCCCGUCAGUCUCCUCGCCCUCGUCGGCGGACUGCAGGUCUCCCAGGCCCGCCAGUCUGGCAUCCAGGAAAUCCCCACCGCCAUGCUCACCAGCCCCAUGGUCGAGUUCCUCAACCACCCGCACCUCUUUGCUCCUUGCUUCCGCCUCUCGUUGUCCUCUCCAAGCCGACCCCGACCCAGCCCCGCCGAGGCGGCGGCCAUCAAGUCGCGCAACCUCCGCGCCCUCUACCUCUUCACCUUUGUGACGGGCGUCACGACGGGCGCCGCGCUCCACAGGUCCACGGGCCCCGCUAGCGCCACCUUCUUCGGCCUGGCGAUCCGCCUCGUCAGCUUUGUCGCCUUUGUCUUUGUACCCGCCCAGCGCGCUCCGCUGUCGGCGUCGCAGUCGCUGCCGUGCCCACCUUCGACGAGCUCCUCCUCUUCCGCCUCAUCCUCGUCACCACCCUGCUCGUCAUCUGCUCCGGUUCCAGUCUCUGCAUGA